AUGAAAAAAAAAGACAUAAUUCUAGAAUACAGGAAUUUUAAACGAUAUGUGCAACACUUAUAAUUCAAAUAUCUUCAAGAUGAAUAGAUUUAAAGAAAAAGAAUAAAUAUAAAUCUAAAUAGAAAUAACUACUAUGAAAUUGAUAUUAAAAUUAGAAAAAACAGAGAUAAUCUUCCUUUAAUGACAAAUCAUUAUAAAAGCAUACCAUAAAAUAUAAGAUUAUAAAAUCCUACUCCAGUUUUACUUGAGAGAUUGAGUAUAAUUAAAUAAUUACAUAGCACCCUUGUCAGUUGAGUUGUCAUAAUGUGAAGAAACAGAAGAAUUAAUUAAAAUAAUUGAAUAAGCAUAAUAGGAUAGUAUUGAUAAAAGUAAAUCUAUAUUAAGAAAUGAACUAAAAGUUUUUCUAGACUAUUUUCUUGAAAAAAAUAAAGAUUAAUUUCAUUCUAUUAAAGAUGUAUUCAAAUUUAAUGAGAUUGCAGAUGCUUUAAAUAUUUCAGUUGAUCAGAUAUAAUUAUAUUUUUUAUCAAAAUUACAAAGCAAAUACACUAUGAAAUCUAUUGUAAAAUAUCAAUUGGUUAGAUUCAAUAGGUAUUUUUGUCCCAUAUGCAAUUUAUAUAUGUGUAGUUGGCAUUAUAGGUUAAGUUUUAAGUCUUAUAUAGUUCUAAGAAUCAAAGAGUGUUUAUUGAAAAAGAACCUAUAGAUGAAACCAAAAUUAAUAUAAAAUCAAUUGAUGACUUUUAUGAAACUGAGUUUAAACCUAAUCAAAAAGUUUUAAAAGAAUGUGUACUCAAUUAUCAUACUAAUAAUAAUAAAUAUGAAAUUGAAAUCAAAUGUACUAAAUCUGAUAGAUGUGGUCGAUAUUAUUGUAAUGAUAAAAAAAAAUUAAAGAAGUUUUAAAUCAAAUCUAUUCAACAACUUCUUGAGUUUGGCUUUAUAAAUUGCUGUUUUAUUGCUAAAAUAUUAAAGCAUCCCAAUUAUAAGAUUUAUUGUGAUUAAAUCAGCUCUAUAAUCAAAAAUUAUUCUAACACAAAAUUUAAUUCUAUUAAAAAACUAUAAAUAAUACCUGAUAUUUAUGAUGGUCAUUAAUUUUCAUAAAAACUGUAAAAUGUCAGUAAUUACUAAUAAUAAUAAUAUAUUCCAUGCUUUCAUGAAGGAAGCUGUAAAGAUGAUGAUUGUAGUUGCAUUAUGUGUCCUAAAUAUUGUUGUUGUUAAGGUAAAUGUGAAAAACAAAUUAAAAGAUGUGAUUGUAAAUAUUGUGGAUAUGAUGAAAAAAAACGUAAAUAUUUAUGUUCUUGUUUCAAUUAAGGAUUUGAAUGUGAUCCUGCUAUUUGCAAAUGUCUUAAUUGCAAUAAUGUUAAUUUAUUGAUGGGAAAAUCUAAGUAAUUAAUCUUAGGAAAAUCAUUAAUAUGUAAUGGCUUAGGCUUAUUUGCUGCAUAACAUUUCAAACCUUAUGAAUAUAUUGGAGAAUAUAGAGGCAGUUAUCUUCUCCUUAAUGAAGAAAGCUUUAUUAUUGAAUGUAAUUUAUAACUUUAAUUCAUUUAGAAUGCAAUAUGCUCACUGGAAAGCAUUAUUUAUUUGAAAUUGAUGAUAAAUGGCAAGUAGAUGGAACUUAUUAUAGUAAUAAUCUAAGAUUCAUUAAUCAUGCAACUAAUUAAUCAGAAACAGCUAAUUGCUAAGCUAUUAUAUUAUUUUCAGAAGGUAGAUGGAAAAUAGGAAUGUAAUGCAUUUAAGAAUAUUUUUAGGCUUGCAACUAAGGAUAUUGAGGUAGGGGAAGAAUUAUAUUUUGAUUAUGGUGAUAAAUUUAAAACUAAAUGGCUGCAAGAAUUCAAUUAAAUUAGCCAAAAAUAUUUUUAGAAUAAAUGA